GAUUACACGAUAGACUUGUAUUUGAGGCAGUAUUGGACUGAUAGUCGUUUGCAAUUCAAUGGCACCGUUAAGACCAUAAACUUAGGACCAGAUUUUAUCAAGAAGAUCUGGAUUCCCGACACUUUGAUAGCGAACAGUCGACAGAUAACACACCAUAACUCAGCAGGGUCUCGCCCAAACACUCUUCUCUCGAUUACCAGCGAUGGACUUGUAUUCUAUAGCACCCGUUUAAUAAUCGUGGCAAAUUGUCCUAUGGAUUUGAGCUACUUUCCAAUGGACAGGCAGUUGUGUCGGCUUAGAUUUGAGAGUUUCAGCUAUAAUAGUAAACAGAUCCAGUACAAAUGGCUUGACGGAGUUACAUUAGCAUCCCGGAUAUCACUUUAUAAUUUUCGUAUUGAAAGGGAUUAUAAAGUGGCACACAUUAAGAAUCGUUCACUUGACUUUUACCUCAAUCAGGUGUAUAUCCCGGCCCUCAUGGUUGUGGUCAUAUCGUGGUUACCCUUCUGGAUGGACAAACGGGAUACACAGGCCAGGGUUGGACUCGGGAUCACCACUGUAUUGGCCAUCAUUACCCUCGUAACCAACACUAACGCAACUCUGCCUAAGAUAUCGUAUAUGAAGUCAAUUGACAUCUAUUUGGGGUUUUGUUAUGCAAUGGUUUUCUCAUCACUUAUUGAGUAUACAGUUGUCGGCUAUUUUCAGAUCAGUUGCGGUAACAAAGUGUCUGAUGUUGUG